CUUAUCAUUAAUUCAAUCCAUAAACAAAUACAUCGAUGCUCAGCUGUGUGUGUGAGAGAGAGAAAUGGCAGAAAAUGAAUAUGUUCCACUGUUCGAAACAAGGCAAGUUAAGGGACGAAUACUGUUCAGGUAUAUUGCAGCUUCAAUCUUGCUUGGCAUCUGCUUCAUUGUUAUGUAUAGAAUUAGGUAUUUCCCAGUUAGAGGAAAAGCUGAGAGGUGGACUUGGAUUGGCUUGUUUCUUUCUGAGCUAUGGUUUUCAUUUUAUUGGCUUCUCACCACUGUCUGUAGAUGGAACGCUGUCAUCCGUAUUCCAUUCAUACACAGGCUCUCUCAAAGGUUCGGAAAAGAACUACCGGGCAUCGACAUAUUUGUGUGCACGGCGAAUCCGUUGUUAGAGCCACCGAGCAUGGUGGUGAACACAGUUCUAUCAAUGAUGGCAUAUGAUUAUCCACCUGAAAAGUUAAGCGUAUAUUUAUCAGAUGAUGGGGGAUCGAAUUUAACGUUUUAUGCCAUGUUAGAGGCUGCAAAUUUCUCAAAGACAUGGCUGCCUUUCUGCAAGAAGUUCAAAGUGGAACCCAUGUCUCCUGAGGCUUACUUUAGGACAGCUUCUGAGCCACUCAAUGUCCAAGAAUGGCCUUCAGUUAAGAGAUUAUACGAGGAAAUGAAAAUGAGGAUUGAAACCACCACAAAGUUAAACCAAAUUCCAGAACAUAUCUAUAAACAACACUACAAAGGAUUUCGUGAGUGGAACUUUGUUACAAGUAAACUUGAUCAUCAAACCAUCCUUCAAAUUCUAAUUGAUGGAAGAGACACCAAUGCUGUGGAUAUUGAAGGCAACCCUUUGCCAACUCUAGUGUAUUUGGCAAGAGAGAAAAGACCUCAAUAUCACCACCAUUUCAAAGCUGGAGCCAUGAAUGCUCUUAUAAGGACAUCUUCGAAGAUAAGCAAUGGUCCAAUUAUUUUGAAUGUGGAUUGUGAUAUGUAUUCCAACAAUUCAGAGUCAAUCAAAUAUUCUUUAUGCGUUUUCAUGGAUGAAGAGAAGGGAGAUGAGUUUGGCUACGUACAGUUCCCUCAAAGUUUUGAUAAUCUCACCAAAAAUGAUAUCUAUGGUUGCUCUUUUCGAGUAAUACAAAAGUUGGAGGUUCAUGGACUUGACGCAAAUGGAGGACCAUGCUUUAUCGGCACGGGAUGCUUUCACAGGAGAGAGGCUCUCUGUGGGAAGAAAUAUGAGAAAAACUUUAGGUUUGAUUUGAAGAAACUAAAUAAUACAAAGGUUAAUGAAAGAGCGAGCCUCCUUGAAGAAACAUGUAAAGUUCUUGCUAGUUGUACCUUUGAACACAACACAACAUGGGGAAAAGAGAUGGGUUUAAUAUAUGGCUUUCCAGCGGAAGAUAUUGUUACGGGGUUGAGUGUACAAUGUAGGGGAUGGAAAUCCAUGUUUUUAGACCCUGAAAGAGAUGGUUUCUUAGGAGUUGCUCCAAUAACAUUAUUGCAGUUGCUGGUGCAACAUAAGAGAUGGACGGAAGGUCACCUUCAAGUUUUUCUAUCGAAAUAUUGCCCCUUGUUGUAUGGAUAUAAAAAGAUCCCUCUUAAGCUUCGACUUGCUUAUUGUGCUUACAACUUGUGGGCUGCAAACUGCUUGGCUACAUUGUAUUAUGUUGUUGUCCCAUGCCUUUGCUUGCUUAAAGGCAUCACGUUGUUCCCUAAGAUAUCAAGCCCUUGGGUGCUCCCAUUUGCAUACGUUGCCUUUUCACACCAUGCAUAUAGCCUCGGUGAAUUCUUAUGGUGCGGAGGUACGUUCCUAGGUUGGUGCAAUGAUCAAAGGAUGUGGUUGUUCAAGAGAACAACUUCAUAUUUAUUUGCCUCAUUUGAAACCAUCUUGAAGCUACUAGGAUAUUCACAAUUGGCCUUUGUCAUCACUACCAAGGUAGCUGAUGAAGACAUCUCCAAAAGGUAUGAUCAAGAGAUGAUUGAAUUUGGAGUUGCUUCACCAAUGUUUGAUAUUUUAGCCACACUUGCAAUUUUGAAUCUGUUGGGUAGCUUUGGGGCAAUCAAGAAGGUCACCAUGCAUGCAGAUAAAGGCUUUAAGGUUUUGGACCAAUUUGGGUUGCAAAUUCUGCUCUGCUUGGUUUUAGUUACAAUCAACUUGCCUGUAUACCAAGCCCUCUUUUUCCGAAUGGACAAAGGAAAAAUGCCUAGUUCAGUUACUUACAAGUCUAUUAUUUUUGCCUUGCUAGCUUGUACUCUCGCCGUGUAUUGAACCACUAUAUUUUUUCAGUAAGAAAAUCGUUAGAUGGUAUUUUAAAAUAAAACAAAAGUUUUUAAAA